CUGCAAGAUAUCUCUCGAGCCAACUUAGUCAAAAUUCACUUUCCCUUUAAUCAUGCAGUUGUUUAUUUCAACUGCAGUAUAAUCUAGACUACACUAACCAAAUGUACCACCGGUUUGCUUAAACUGUUGAAUCAGAAUUAUCCUAAUUCAUUGAUAUAUAUAUUAUUUAUUGGUUACUUUCUUAGGUCAAGGCGUUUAGGGACUAUGCAUUCAAGAGAUGGGUGGUCUUGAAAAUGCCAUGAGGUUUCAACAUGGAAAUGAGGGCAUUCUAAACUGUCCAAUAUCGGGUUUGAGGACAAGUGUUUCAGAAAAGACAGUUAAUUCUGUGUCUAUGGCUAUGCCUUCUGGUGUAGCUAAUCCUUUUCUUGCUUCUUCCGCUUGGGAUCAACUUGUUCCAUUGAGUCAGGUUCAAACAUUUAGAGGCUCCCAAGUGAUUUCUCCUUGUGAGUUUGCCAAUUCAUCUUACCCUCUUGUUAUGGAAAACCAGGGAAUGAGUAGCAGCUCUCACCUUGUUCAAUACAUAUCCGACUCAAAUUUUGUGGACAUGGUCCACAAGGCUCCCUCCUAUGGAAGUGGGAGUUUAUCAGAAAUUGUUGGCUCUUUAAGCCUACCUCCAUCUAGUGAUAUAGCUAACAUAGAGUAUCAGCCAAAUCAAAAUCCUAGCCAUGUGGGUGUAAUAGAAAGGAGUCCAAUAAAUAAUGAGCAAUCACAGGGUGAAGGUUCAACUCCUGAAGAGGGAGAAACAGGAUCUGCACAUGGUGAAAAUAGAAGAAAGCGAGAACUUGAUAACUCUAGUUUCAAUCCAAAUAAGAAUGCUGAGGGGUAUGCUAUUAAAGAUUCUUCGGGGAAGAGCUCUGAUGGUGUGAAAGAACAAUAUGAAAAGAAACCAAGAGUUGAAGAAAAUAACAGUGCAAAUUUAAGUGGGAAGCAAAAGAAAGAUAAAUCUGACAGUGGAGAAGCUCCUAAAGAAAAUUUCAUUCAUGUGAGAGCUCGAAGAGGUCAAGCUACAAACAGUCACAGCCUUGCAGAAAGGGUAAGGAGAGAAAAGAUAAGCGAGAGAAUGAGGUUGCUUCAAGAACUUGUUCCAGGAUGCAACAAGAUAACAGGCAAAGCAGUAAUGCUUGAUGAGAUUAUAAAUUACGUGCAAUCACUGCAACAGCAAGUGGAGUUUUUGUCCAUGAAACUUGCCACGGUAAACCCAGAACUGAGUUUUGAGGCGGAGAGGAUUCUCUCCAAAGAUGUUCUUCAGUCACACAUUGGACACGUACCAAUUGGUGGAUAUGGCCCUGCUAUCAGUUGCACUCAUCCAUUCCCCUCUGGAAGUUUCCAAGGAACACUUUAUAGCAGGCCGAGCACAUCAACACAAUUCCCUCCUUUGCCGCAGUCUGUUUUGAACCAAAGCUUCUAUGGAAUGAGCUAUGAUUCCAGUACAAAUCUUGACAAUUUGGGACACAAUGGAUGGUUGAAAACAGAGUUGUAGAGUGUUGAGAUACGUGGCCUUGUUUCUUUGAACAGAGAGUUUGUAAAUUGGGAUUAUUGUCCACUUGACUGCACAAAUUAACUCAAGUUGGAAGCAGGGAGAAUAAACGGAGUUAGUUAGAGGUCUAGGAUCUUAAUACCUAUCUGUUGGUUCUUCGAGUUUUUAGCCGAAGAUGACUUGUUAAAUAUAUGAACCAUGUUGAGUUGAGGGAAUGAGGUCAGCCACUAGUUAAUGGGGCUGAUUCUUGUCACCUAGUGUUUCAUAUUAGAAAAUGAAGGCACUUAUCUACCUAAAUUGUGGGGUAUAUCACUUUUCUUAGUUGUUAUUGUAAUGAAUGGGAAGUUUCUUAUUGCAUAUAGUAAAAAUGGUGCAAAAUGUAUCGGAUGAUAUAGUGUUUUGAAAGGCAUUAGUCCUCUAUGAAUGGUCUCAUCUUGUU